CUCUGAACCCUGACGGUGACAAUUGCAUGCCGCGAGUUCAUCAGGCGCGGACUCCUUGGGUCCGAUGGCCCUUAUAGUCCGCGCUCAGUGCGCUAGUCGUGCAGAUUCCACCCCCCAAGUCGUCGCUCGCCGCCCUCACCCGCACUGCCUAUCGAUCGCGACAAGUCGUGCCCAGCCCCGACGCCACCACGUGUAUCAGAUAGUCGCUGACUCUCGGAUACUCGAUCUGCGUCCGAAUAACACCAGCGCUCGCGCCCGGCCACAAAACUCGUCCUCGAAGCGAACGCUCUGCCUGCAGCGAUGGUCACCCGCGACCACCCGCCCCUCCCCCACGACUUUGGUCACCCGCGCAUGCAGCAUUGGCCCUCGCCGCUCAGACGACGGCAGGCCGCACAGUACCCCUGGGCACAGUGGACGCCCUGGUCGGCAUCUGCGUAUUCCUACCCCUCCUCUCUCCCCGCAACGACCGCACCCCUUCCCCCCAACAUGCUGCCCCCACAGUGGACGCCCUACUCCGCGCCAGCUUAUCCCACCCCAUAUCGCAAUGUGUCCAUUCCGAUGCCCGGGAGCGCGCCCUUACCGUGUUCCGCCCUCCCCCCGAUGAACAUGCGCCAUCCUCCGCAUCAUGCACAUUAUCCACCAUGGAUAAACCCAGCAAGCGCCCCUCCUCCCCCGCACGAUCCCCUUCCACAUGAAGAACACGAAGAUGGUCCCGAGCCCGUUUGGCCGACCAAUCUUCCACCAGGAAGUGUUCCCUCCCAAGUCUGUCCCCUCCCCAAUAUGGACGAGCCAACACCUUGGGAGCCUGGUGUAUUCCCUCCCGUACCCGUCGGUACAACAGUACCAAUACGCCUACAUCCAGCCUUACUCUACAACCCCGUUGAUCUCUCGCUACCCUCACUCCAGUGGGACAUCCUCCACGGCCCCUCCUCUGCCCGUCUCCUCACCCCCCGCUGCCUCUUCGUCGCGCCCCCGCUCGACGAGGAAGCCAUCGCACCCCCCACCGACACCCUCUACAUCGUCGGCGACUCCGAAGAGCUCAAGUGGUGGAUGGCGAAGGAGGAAAACCGCUGGGGCCCGCUCGUCCUGUCCAAGCCCGACGGCAAGUUCACUGUCCGCGACGUCCUCGACGCGAUCCACACCUACUUUCAGCAGCCGCUCACGGCGGCGCAGGUCGCGAUGAUCGAGGAGAAGGAGGAAGCUUGGGGCGGAAAGACGCGGCUGAGGUCGGCAAGGGCUCUAAGGCUUGAGCAGUCGUAUAUCAUCGAGCACAAUCCGACGGUGUACAGGCGGGUGGAUGUAGUGGGUGGUCAUCGGAAGUUUAUGGGGAUGAGGGUGCAGGUGUAUGCGGAUGAUACGUGGAAGAUCUUGUUGGGGUUGAUGGAGGGCCCGUCGCCGCGCUGGACGCUGGAUCGGAAGGCCCGCUGGUAG